AUGGCGGGAGCCCCGCCCCCUGCGCCCGCCCCUCUCGACAGCGCCGCCGCCGCCGCCCGCCCCUCAGCGCGCGUGCGCGGGGCGCGCUCCCGCCCCUCCUCAGCGCGCCUGCGCCGGGCGCGCUCCCGUCUCUCGGUGUGCGACACUGCGCGCUCCCGCGGGGUGUCACGGGGCGUCCCGCGUGGGGACGCCUCGGGGACGCGGUUACCGGUGACAGCCCCCGCGCUGCCACCCGCCGUUGGCGCUCGGACACGGCGAGCCAACCGCCGCGCUGCUGGCCAGCGGGCUGGUGGCACCUGGGGCUGGCACUGCGGUGGCAGCCCCUCGGUGACACACCUGCCGCCGGUGCCCGAACCUCGGGGGUGGCACUGCGGUGGCACCCCUGGUGACAAACCUGCAGCCGGUGACAGCAUCGCGGGGUUGGCACACUGGUGUCGCCCCCUGGUGACAAACCUGCAGUCAUUACCGGUGACAAUUACCGGUGACAGCGCCUCGGGGGUGGCACUGCGGUGGCACCCCUUUGGUGACAAACCUGCAGCCAUCACCGGUGACAGCGCCUCGGGGCGCUCCGUGGCCAUGCUGCGCUGCCACGUGGUCGCCGUCCACAUUCCCGGGGCCACCGGCUUCGGUCCCGGUGUCCUGCUGUCCGUCUGCUUCCGAGGCGUCCCCAGGAGAACCCGGGUGGUGCCCGAGGAGCGCAGCCUCACCUGGAAUGAGGAGCUGGUGUGGCCGCUGGACACGUGUCCCCUGAGAGCCACGGACACGCUGGGGCUGCGCCUGUGGCGUGGGGACUGCCUGCUGCCCCGGGAGGACCUGGGUGCCACCACGGUGUCACUGAGCGAGCUGGUGGCCAGCCCCAGGCUGCCGAUGGCCGUCAGGGACAUCCCGCUGCUGGACCACCGGGAGCGGCCCACGGGGUGCACCGUCACCCUCCGCUGCUACCACGACCCGCACGGCGAGCCCGGGGACGUCCCUGUCACCGCCGGGCACGGCCAGGUGGCCCUGGAGCCACCGGAGGUGGCACCUGCGGACAGGAAAGAGGAUUUCCAGGUGCGGGUGAGGGUCAUCAAGGGCCGCCAGCUGCGGGGCAAUGCCAUCAAGCCCGUGGUGAGGGUGCAGAUCGGGAGGCAGCGCUUCCACAGCCGCAGCCGGAGCGGGAACAACCCCUACUUCAACGAGGUGUUCUGCCAGGAUUUCCACAUGGCGCCGGAGCAGCUGGUGGCACUGCCCAUCCAGAUCCAGGUGCUCCGUUCACCAAACAUCUGCACCAAACCCAUCAUUGGCGUCUUUGAGCUCGACGUUGGCACCAUCUACUCUGCCCCAGGGCGCAGCCUGAGCGGGAAGUGGCUGAGCCUGCAGCACCCGCGGCACCGCGACCGCCGCUCGCAGGGCUUCCUGCAGGUCAGCCUGGUGGUGCGCCGCGCCGGGGAGCGCGCCCAGGAGCAGGAGGUGCCGCCGGGGGACGAGGACGUGGAGGCCAACCUGCUGCGGCCACCGCCCUGCGCCACCACGCUGCAGAUCCGCGUGUUCCGCGCCGAGGACCUGCCGUGGGGUGGGGACACCGGGGUGUGGCGUGGGGACACCGGGGUGUGGCAGCCGGCGCGGCCGUGCCUGGGCGGCGCCGCGGGCUCGCUGAAGGCGUCGGUGCGGGUCGGCUUUGCGGGCAGGACGCUCUGCACCCGCGGGGUCCCCGCCGAUGCCAGCCCCGAGUGGAACGAGGUUCUGUCCUUCCCCCUGCGGCUGCCGCCCAUCUGCGACGAGAUCCUGCUGGAAAUCCUGCGUGGGUCGUGCCGGGGCAAAGCCGUGGGCAGGGCCACCCUGCGGCUGUCCCAAAUCUCCCGGGAGCCCAAGGAGCUCGAGGAGGGGACCCCCGGGUUCUCCCCCACCUUCGGGCCCAGCUUCCUGCCCUUCUACGGCCCCCGGCCGGACGCUGCCAGGGACUCGGGGCCGGUUUUCCGGGGCCGCCUGCUGCUGGAGCUCUGCACCCACACGGGGACCCCGCCGGGGCGGCAGCGCGACGCCGUGGCCCCGGUGGACGCCGAGCGGGCGCAGAGCCGCCUGCCCCGCUGCCAGCUGGGGCUCUGCGGGGUUUUCUACUCGGCCACGGCCGUGCCCGGCGGCCCCGAGGCGCUGAGCCUGGAGCUGGGCAUGGGUGGCACCGCGGCCGCCACCGCGCCCGCCCUGCCCGCCUUCGACGGGAACCUCUACCACUACCUGCCGUGGUUUGGGGACAAACCUGUGGCCGCUGUCACCUCGCAGUGGGAGGACGCCGGGCACCGCUGGGACAGCCUGAACCUCCUGCGAGCGCUGUGCCAGCACCUGGAGGAGAACCUGGCCAAGCUGCAGGGACACCACGGGGACACCAGCGGGGACAUCGGGACGAAGCUGCUGCGGGAGCUGGAGCAGGACUGCGAGGCCACCCUGCAGUACCUGGAGGAGCAGCCCGUCCUGACCGCCCUGGACCAGCAGCUGCGGAGCUGCCGGCGGCGCCUCCUGCAGCGGCUGCAGCGCGAGGCCAGGGCCGACGGCCGCCACGGGGACACCCUGGGGACGGUGGCCCGGGGGUGGCUGCGGCGCGCGGCCGCGCUGGCCGUGGAGCCCCAGGCCGGUGUCCCCGACGUGCAGCUGUGGCUGCUGCGGGGCCAGACACGGGUGGCCUCGGCCCGUGUCCCCGCCACCGAUGUCCUGCACUCCCCGAACGGCCCCGGCGCCUGCGGCCAACUCUGCGGGAGGAUCGUCACCCUGUUCCUGGGCUGCGGGGACAGCCAGGCCCAGGUGCGAGUGUGGCUGUGGCUGGGCCGAGUGGCCGAGAGCGGCGAGCUGGCCGGGCUGCUCGGGGGGAGCCUGCGCUUCUACUGCCAGAUGUUCGAGAACCAGACGCGCCUGUUGGGGACGUGGGGGCCCCGGCUGUUUUUGGGGCGCCCCACGUUCUCCGACAGCUCCGGCCGGGCCCUGCCCCCCCCGGAGGAGCUGCGGCCCCCCAAGGGAUGGAGCUGGGACGGGCCCUGGAGCGUGGAGCGGCCGCGGCGGCGGGUGCCAGCACGGGCAGAGGGCGCAGGGACCGUGGUGCUGGAGGAGCUCUAUGAGAACCAGAGCCGAGAGCCCGGUGGGGACUGGACCAGCACGGCCAGCACGGACGCCGUGAGUGGGGGACAGCGUGGGGACAGCACGGGUGACACCGGAGUGUCACAGCUCAGCGCCCGCCUGGUUUUACAGAAGGGAGUGGCAGUGCCACCAAAAGAAGAGGUGGCGUGUCCCCAGGGCUGGCACGUCACCAGUGACUGGCAGGUGGACGUGGAGGGGGCUGAGGAUGAGGACGGUUGGCACUACGGGGUGGGCACGGAGGAUGGCAGCCCCCCGGCAGCGUGGCACAGCGAGGGACAGCAGUGCCACACCCUGCGGCGCCGGCGCUGGCUCCGGGUCCGCCACAGGGACAGCGACAGCUGGGCACAGGACACGGACACCUGCAGCAGCCUGGACCCCGAGGAGCUGUGGGAGGACGAGGCCUGGCAGCCCGAGUGCUUCUGGGGCUGCACCUUCCAGCCCAAGGUCCCGGCCGGGCCCCGGUGCCGCCGGCGGCGCUGGCAGCGCUGCCUGGUGCCCGCCGAGCCCGGGGCCACCGUGGCACCCGUGUUCCUGCUCCGGGAAGCCCCGGACACCGAGGAGCCGGCCCAGGACAGUCCAGAGGUGGCCCUGCAGCAGCCACCGCCCUUCAUCCUCUGCAGCUUCCAACGCCCCGGCCGCUUCCAGCUCCGCUGUUACAUCUUCCAGGCGCUGGAUCUGGCGCCCGGCAGCUCCAGGACCUCCAUAGAUGCCACCGCGCACGUGUCGUUCGUGUCCCUGAGCCAGCGCACGGGGACGGCGCGCGGGGCCCUGGACCCGCGCUGGGAGCAGACGCUGCUGUUCCCCCGGGUGCCGCUGUUCGGGGACCCCCGAGGCGUCGGGAGGGACCCCCCGGCCGUGGUGGUGGAGGUGUGGGACCAGCGGGGACAGGGCCCCGCGGUGCUCCUGGGCCGCUGCGUGUGCUCCCCGCGGGUCUGGCUGGACGCGGCGCUCCGGGAGCCGCCCCGGCUGCAGCCCCACGCGCUGCGGGGCCCGCGGGGCGCGGCCGGGGAGCUGCUGGCGGCCUUCGAGCUCCUGCAGGAGCCCCAGGACGGGUCCCCGGCUCCGCUCAGCCCCCCGCCCCUGAGCAAGGACGGGUUCGGCAUCCCCCCGGAGCUGCGGCCGCGCCUGCAGUGGGUGGCGCUGGAGGUGCUGGCCUGGGGGCUGCGGGGGCUGCGCGGGGCCGUGCGGGAGCCGCGCCUGGAGCUGCAGUGGGGGGAGCAGAGCCUGUGGACGCCCCCCAUCGAGGACAUGGCCACCAACCCCAACUUCCCCAGCAACGCCUUCCUGCUCACCCUGGUGAGGGCAGGAGCGGGCCCGGGGGUGGCUGCGGUGACCGGGCUGUCCCUGACCUGUGCCCGGCCGUGCCCGCAGGCGCUGCCCGAGCAGGAGCGCUUCGUGCCGCCCGUCCGCCUGCGGCUCUGGCACCGCGCGGGCGCCGAGCGGCAGCUGCUGCUGGGCCAGGCCAGCGUCAGGGAGCUGGGCCGGUACCGGUGCCCCCCGCCCUGCCAGGAGCCUGGCAACGGCUCUGACACAGUUGUGUCAAUGCCAGACGAGCUCCUCUCCGUGCCCGCCUCCUCCAGCCCCUGCAGGCGUUGGUGUUCCCAGUUCCUGGCCAUGGCCAUGUCCCCGGCCAGGAUGGCUCAGGACCUGCUGGGCUACCUGAGGAGCAGGCGGGCUGAGGAUGAGAUCUACGGCUGCGAGCUGGAGGCCGUGCCCGAGUUCCAGGCGCUGCAGGAUUUCUGCCAGAGCUUCCCCCUGUGCAAACCCGGCCGCGCCCCCGAGCCCGUGGGCACCUUCAAGGGGCUGUUCCGCAUCUACCCCGUGCCCGAGGGCGCCGCGGCCCCGCCCGGCCCGCGCUGCUUCCAGCGGCUGCCGCCCGCGCAGCCCCAGCCCUGCCUGGUGCGCGUCUACGUGGUGCGAGCCUUCGACCUGUCCCCCCGCGAUGUCACCGGCCUGAGCGAUCCCUACGUGCGGGUGGCGCUGGGCAAGAGGACGCUGGGGCAGCGCGACCACUACGUGCCCAACACCCUGGAGCCCGUCUUCGGCAGGAUGUUCGAGCUGACGGCCACCAUCCCCCUGGAGAAGGACCUGCGGGUGACAAUCAUGGACCACGACAAGGUGCCCCCGGACCAGGAGAUCGGCAGCACCACCAUCGACCUGGAGGACCGGCUGCUGUCCCACCACCGCGCCCACUGCGGGCUGCCCGGCCUGUACCACACCGCGGGCCCCGCGUGCUGGCGGGACCAGCUGUGCCCCAGCCGGGCCCUGGAGCUGCUGGCGGCCGCCCGGGGGCUGCGCGGGCCCCGCUUCAGCCGCGGGGGCACCGCCCUGAGCCUGGGCGGGCAGCGCUUCCUGCUCAAACACUUCGAGCGGCGCCGCCCCCCGCCCCGCCACGCCGGGGCCCCCCGGGAGCGCCUGGCCCUGCACGUGCUGAACCGGUGCGAGCUCGUCCCGGAGCACCUGGAGACGCGCGGGCUGCAGAGCCACGCCCGGCCCGGCCUCGAGCAGGGCAAGGUGCAGAUGUGGGUGGACAUUUUCCCCACCAGCCUCGGCCCCCCCGGGCCCCCCGUGAACAUCGACCCCCGCCAGGCCGAGGGGUACGAGCUGCGCUGCGUGGUGUGGAACGUGCGGGACACGGAGCCCGGGGACAUCAACCUGCUGGGCCAGCGCAUGAGUGACAUCUACGUGUCCGGGUGGCUGGACGGGCUCCCCGAGCAGCGGCAGCACACCGACAUCCACUAUCGCUCCCUGGACGGCCGCGGCGCCUUCAACUGGCGCUUCGUGUUCCCCUUCGAGUUCCUGGCGGCUGAGAAGCUCUGCGCCAUCCGCCGCAAGGAGCACGUGUGGAGCCUGGACGAGACCCUGCUGAAGGUGCCGCCCAAGCUCAUCCUGCAGGUGUGGGACAAUGACAAGUUCAAGGCGGACGAUCUGCUGGGGAUCCUGGAGCUGGAGCUGACCCGGCUGCCCCGCCCGGCCCGCAGCGCCCGCCUGUGCCGGGCCUCGCCGUCGGAGCUGCCCUGGUUCUCGUGGCCCUGGUUCUCCCUGCCCGGCUUCCUCCGGCCCCUGAACCUGUUCCGCAGGCGGAGGGCGCGGGGCUGGUGGCCCUGCACCAUGCACGAGGACGGCGGCCAGCGCCUCUCGGGGAAGCUGGAGCUGAGCCUGGAGCUGCUGUCGGCGCAGGAGGCCGAGGAGCGGCCGGUGGGGAAGGGCCGGGAGGAGCCCAACAAGCACCCGACCCUGCCCGAGCCCAGGCGCCCCAAGUCCUCGUUCCUGUGGCUGACCUCUCCCCUCCGCCUCAUCCGCUACGGCGUCCGCUGGCACUGCCUGCUGUGGCUCGGGCUGGGGCUGGCGGCGCUGCUGCUGCUCCUGCUGCUCCAUUCCUUCUUCCCGAGCACCCUCAGGGUGAAGGUGGCUGAGGCGCCCCCGCUCCUGCCGGCCACGAAGCAUCCCCGGAGCGAAGGCUGA